AUGGCAGAUCCAACCCCCGGACACACGGCCCCGGACACGGCACCUCCCUCAUGGCGCUCCGAAGACAACCGAUCUCCCGUGCUCGCACCACACCCCGCCACAGUCCCAGCUUCGGGUACUUUACCAUCAAACACCCAAUUACUAGACGCCAACACGGAAAUCACCCAUCUCUACCUAACCUUUGCCAUCCUCCCGCCCUCCGCCAACACCACCCACCAAUCCUCCGGUUCAACCACACCCCAAAAUGACGUCCCCCCACCUCCCAACCUCAAACCCUUCACCAACCCCAUCCUCUGGUCGACCUCCGUCAAAAUCACCAUGCUCACCCUCUCCUGCAUCGCCACUUUCCUGACCGCCUACACCGCCGGCGCCUACUCCCCUCCUCAAAAACUCCUCCUCCAAGACCUCGCGCACGCACACAGCUCUACCGCCAUCCUAGGAGGCAUCUCCACUUUCUGUCUCGGCUUCGCUCUGGCACCCAUGUUCCUCGCGCCCUUUUCCGAAAUGAACGGUCGCCAACCCGUCUUCGUCGCCGCCGGCAUCAUGUUUGUCAUUUUCCAAGUGGUCUGCGGCGUAGUAGAAACCUUGGAGGGGAUGCUGAUCGCUCGGUUUUUCUUGGGCGUGGGCGCGUCGGUUUUCUCGACCAUGGUCGGCGGUGUGAUUGCGGAUAUUUGGCCUACGGCAGAAAGGAACACGCCCAUGGCGCUGUUUAGUGGGGCGGUGCUGUGCGGCACGGGACUGGGGCCGUUGGUGAGUGCGUACAUGACGGAGCGGUGGGGGACGGAUGCAGAUGGGAAUAUCGAGGAGGGGAACGGGGCCAAGUGGAAGUGGAUCUUUUGGCAUCAGGUUAUUCUUGGCGGGGCGUUGAUGGUGGCGCUGAUGGUGUUUUUCAAGGAGAGUAGAGGGAGUGUCUUGUUGAGCAGGAAGGCCAAGGCGUUGAAUCGGUGGUAUGAGCAGUUGGAGGAAAAGGGGUUUUAUGGCGUUUGGGUUGACGAAGAAGAAGAAGAAGGCGACAACGGAAAUGCGGAUGCGGAUGAUGAGGAAAAGGGGCCAUCAUCUCCUGGAACGAAAACGCUCCAGCGUAUCAGGUGGAAAGUCAAAGAAGACGAAGAACGCGGUUCUCUCACCACCAUGAUCGGCACCUCCGUCUACCGCCCUUUCCACCUCCUCUUCACCGAGCCCGUCGUCUUCUUCUUCUCCCUCUGGGCCGCCUUUGCCUGGGGCGUGCUUUACCUCACCUUUGGUUCCAUCCCGCUUGUCUUUCGCCGACAGUACGGUUGGAACAUUGAGCAAGGAGGCCGUAUCUUUGUCGCCAUGAUCGUCGGCGCCAUCCUCGCUACCGCUAUGGGUAUCUGGCAAGAAAAGAUGUUGCAUCAUCCCAAGUGGAGGGCAGCUGCUCCUGUUACCUCAUCUUCCACCGAGGAGACCUCGGCCUCCGACACCGAAGGCCCCAACGCCCUUCCCUACUCCUCCGACGAACCAAAGACCCCCUCCGACUCUACCACCACCACAAAAGAGAACCCCAUCUGGCCCUUCCUCCGCACCCACUUCCCCACUAACUCCCCCGAAGCCCGCCUCUACUUUACCUGCCUGACCGCCACCUUUUUGCCCGUCGGCCUCUUCAUCUUUGGCUUCACUGCCCGUCCAUACUAUCACUGGAUCGCGCCCACCAUCGGCAUCGGUAUUGCCACUAUGGGUAUUUUGUCUGUUUACUUGGCUGUGUUCAAUUACCUGGCUGAUACGUAUCAUCGGUAUGCGAGCUCGGCGCUGGCGGCACAGAGUUUUUGUAGGAAUAUUUUGGGAGGUGUGUUUCCGCUGGUGACGGCGCCGUUGUUUACGAAUCUGGGAGAGGGACGGGCGGGCGCCAUCUUGGGAGGCGUGGCGGUGGGGUUGACGGCUGUGCCGUGGGUGUUGGUUUGGUGUGGGAGUUGGGUUAGGGGGAGGAGUCGGUUUGCUUUGCAAUUGGAAAAGUCAUGAAGGAUUGGAUGGCAUGCACAUGAGAUAUGAUGGCACGUGGCUGCCAGAGGAGAAAAGGAGUGUUGAGUGGUGGAUAUACCCCCAGCUUUUUUACGUGCGGUAAUGGGAGAUGAAAGGUAAUGACUGUCGGAAAAGGGAACCGUUGGAAAAGGGAAUGAUAUGGCUCCUGGACUGGACGACAAGCGGUCAUGAGUGAUAUGAAAUCAGCACGUCCUGAACGAUGAGAAGGGCACCGGAAGCCAGCUUGCUCUUCCGGUAUUUAGACCCUGCUAAUGGGUCCUAAUCAUGAAAUAUAGUCGCAAAAAUCAUAAUAGAAUAAUGUCAA